UUAUUUAAACUAGAAAAAAAACUAAGUUUGAUUAAAAUUAAAAUUUUAAAUAAAAAAACUAUUUAAUAUUUUUAAAUAAUUUUUUUUUGGUUGAAAAAAAAUUAUAAUGGAUAUUCAUUCAACUAAUAAUAAUAACAGUGAAAAUAUUGAACCAUCAAUAAAAAUGUUGAAUAAUAAUAAUAAUACAGACAGUGAUGUUAACAUCAUUACCGAUGAUAAUGAUAAUAAUGCUAAUAAUAAUAAUAAUAAUAAAUCACUGGUAGUACGGGUGCGUCAAAACUUUUUCGAUACCCACUAUCUUAACGAACCCGAUAGCUAUGAUUCAACUGAUAUGGAUAGCCUACGGGAGGCCAACGACUAUAUUAUACGGCGAUUUUUGGCGGUCAACGACUCGGACACCGAUAGGACAGUCUCGCAUUUGGCUGAGACGUAUAGGUGGCGCAAAUCGUUUCCGGUUAGACGGGAUUUUAGUCAAUGCGGUGUCGAAGUGUUUCAAUGCGGCGCUAUGUUUAUUCACGGUGUCGACCGGGAGGGUAGGCCAGUGCUGUACGCCCGGGUCAAGACUCAUGUCAAGAUUGCCGAACUGGAACGACUGGCACAGGAUAUAGUAGUGACAACACUGGAAAAGUUGGCUCAAUUGGGCAACGAUAAAGGUUUUACAGUAGUUAUGGACGUAUCGGGCGCAGGGCUAUCCAAUGUUGACCUAAAAAUGGUCAAAUUUAUGGUACAGGCCCUACACUACUAUCCCGAAGCCCUACAGUGUAUACUAGUUGUCAACGUUCCCACUUUGAUCAAACCGUUUAUGCCUAUUGUCCGGUUAAUAUUGGGUUCUAAAUAUUCACACAUGCUACAUAUUGUCAAUGAUAGACAACUAUUCGAUCAUAUUGAACCAAGUCAAGUACCAAAAUAUCUAGGUGGCGACAGCAACUAUGACUUUACCCAACCGCCCACCGAAUGUACGAAAACUUGCGAACAAUUAUCCCAUUUGUUUGAUUUGGAUCCGAAAGUCGUACGCAAAUCGAUUCGCAAGUUUGAGCCCCAUAUGCGCGAUGCGCGCCAACUAGUGUUGCGUACUAUUGAUGUCAACAGUAUAAACAAAUAACGCUAUUAUAAAAAUAUCAUAUAAUAUUUUUU